AAAACUCUCUCAGCUGCCAGACGCCGAAGGGGAGACACGUGCCGCUCGAAGCUCCCAUAUUUCACCGAUUUUUCGACGUUUAACCCACAAAACAUGGCCGACCAGGAGAUGGAAGGGCAGGACUUCACCGAGGACUGUUCUGGAGGUGAUUUCCAAGGCAACGGCAUGGAGAACGGCGAGGGAAUGGUUUUAACAGAAGAUGGGAAGAAAGACAGCGGGGCGGCAGAUGCUCCAGGAAGAGAUGAUGACAGGAAGUUGUUUGUGGGCGGCCUCAGCUGGGAGACACAGGAAAAGGAGCUGAGGGAACACUUCAGCAAGUUUGGGGAGAUCGAAAGCAUCAACGUAAAGACUGACCCGAAUACUGGCCGGUCUAGAGGUUUUGCCUUCAUUGUCUUCAGCUGUAUAGAGGCCAUUGACAAGGUGAUCAACGAGCCGAACCACGUCAUCAACGGCAAGAAAGUCGACCCGAAGAAGGCGAAGGCGCGUCACGGCAAGAUCUUCGUGGGCGGCCUCAAGCCAGACCUGUCCGACGACGACAUCAAGAACUACUUCGGGAAAUUUGGCAGCAUCGUGGAGGUUGAGCUGCCCUUCGACAAGCAGAAGAACCAGCGCAAGGGCUUCUGCUUCAUCACCUUUGAGCAGGAGGCAGUGGUGACUGAGCUGCUGAAGACCCCCAAGCAGAAGAUCAACGGGCACGAGGUGGACGUCAAGAAGGCGACGCCCAAGCCCGACGCAAUGGGGAUGAUGCGAGGCGGCAUGCGAGGCGCCAUCCGAGGGGCACGAGGGGCGGCCGUGCGGGGCAGGGGCCGAGGGUGGAGCAGCGCGUGGAACCAGGGUGGCUAUGGAAGCUAUGGGCAAGGUGGAUAUGGUGGUUACGAUUACGGCUACAAUGGUUAUGGUGGGUAUGGAGGCUAUGGGGGUUACAGCAACGAUUACUAUGGCUACGGUGGCGGUUAUGGAAGCUAUGGGCAAAGGCUGGGUGGUGUGCAUAAGGGGGACAGGAAACAGGCGCGAUGAUGGCCGGCCACAAAGAAGCCCAGAAAGAUUUAUAAAAGAUGUGAAGGUGGCGGGCAAGGUUAUGACGGGAAGACCCAGCGUGGGAGGCAGCAGACGAGGCAUCAACCCUACUGAGGUGGGACAGGGACGCCGCGACCACCACCACCACCACAACCAGCACCACCAACACCACUAUAACCAGCAGCAACAUCAUCAGCAUCAGCAUACAGUGAACGGCACGGUGUACUGAAGGUCGAGGGAUGGAUGACACGACCUCAGGAGCAUCUUGCUGCGUGACCUUACCUGACCUCACAGUUAUAGUAACCGCCAAUAUUUUUAUCUCCAUUUUCUCUUCCUGCUCCUCCUCCUCCUCUUCCUCCUCCUCCUCCUCCUCCCCCUCCUCCUGUUCCUGUUCCUCCUCUUGUCCAGUGUUGCCACCUAAUCUGAAAAUAUUUAUACAAAAAAAAUGAAAAAUGGCUUGUGAUUUUGCCCCACAAGUACUAAAAAAAUAUAUAUAAAUGUAUAUUGAGAAUUCGUUCGUGGUGUACAGACAAUCGCUGUAGCCCGGAGGUAUUCUACACAACUACAAAACUAAAAAAAAAACAUAUUUUACUUUUUUUUCUAUUGUUUUUAUUUUUAAUAUAUUUCAAGGCUGUAAAUGUAUGAAUAAAACCAUUUUUGUGUAA